UGACCCAGAGGAUGCGCACGCUGAAGCGGCAGCUGAACGAGGCGGAGGAGGAGGCGACCAGGAAGGAGGCGCAGUACCGCCACCUGCAGAGGGAGCUGACGGAGGAGAGGGAGACGAGCAGCCGGCUGCAGCGGCAGCUGCUGGACCAGCACCUGCAGACCAAACGUAAAGACAACCUGACGAUCCGUCAGACUCUGGACAACCUGAGGUUGGACCUCAGCGGAGACGAAGACGACGAUGACGAAGAGGAGGCGAAGCCGCUAAGUGAACAACCAACCAGCGUGACUAAAGUUUAACCCUUCAGCGCCACCUGCCUGUGGAGAAAUGGAAUCAUUUGACAGGAAAGCAGCAGAUCUGCAGCAGCAGAAACACAGAAAAGACUUUUAGCUGCUUGGAAAUAAUCUCAUGUUUCCGGGAAAGUUCUUCACUUUAAGCUGAGAAAGUCMUUGAGAUGAAAUCUGGUCCYAGGUUGUAGCAAACUUUGUUUUCAGGUUGUUCCUGCCUGACAUGAAAACACARACAGGUUCAGAUCAGGACUCUCUCUUCCUAAUUUCAUGUUUUCAAGAAGUUAAAUUCCCUCGGCUCCCUCUGCUGGUGGCCACCAGGAACUACAACCGCUUCAUUUUGCACUCAGCUUCUCUUUUCUCUCAAAA